AUGGAAAUAUUUAGUGAUAUUAGCCGUAAAUUGGCAUUGCCAAUUGAUUUUGUAUCACAACAAUAUACCGAGAAGCUUUCUUAUAGGAUUAUAUUAAGUGGAACCAUAAUAGCAUGUUUAUUGGGCUACUUCACCCAAUCCCUUUCAAUUGGUGUUUAUACGUUUGUUGAAGCAUAUCUAUUAGCUAUCCUAAUUGUAGUUCCAUCCUAUCCGAUGUAUAAUAAGCAUAAGUUGAAGUGGUUAGGAAAUGCGGCUAGGACUACCGAAAGUUUAUAA